UCCGGAGUCCCUGGUGCAGUCCUCAUUGCUCGGUUAGUAGGAUGGCGCCGGGCCGACGCGGUCACAGCACCGAGAGCGGACGGCCGCUAAGCGCUUCCACCGUCCCCCGAAGUUUAUCCCCAGUGGCGGGGGAUGGGGGAGGCCGGUUCUUCCGGGUCGUCCGCGUUCCCUGCUCUUUCGUAUUACAGAGACGUGGGCCUCCUUCGUUCUAGCCCUCACGCCCUGUUCCCGUGUGCCUGCUAGAGCGUCUCCUCGCCGUUUCCUGUCGCCCAGGGGCCCGGGAGGAAAGAAGGGGGCGUAGCGCUACGGCGGAGGGAACUCGCGAGCUUAGGAAAUUCGCAGAUACCGGAAGUGUUGGAAGGAAGGCCGGAAGUGAGGGGGCGGAGCCAGGAAGUGAGGAGGGGCGGGGGUUUAUGAGGAGGCCAAGGGAGCGUUGGGACAGAUUUGCACUCAGGGCCACCUGAGGGACUUGGCUGUAGCGCUCAGCUUUGUCCCCUCCCCUCGCAGAGACACGGUUGUCGUCUAGGAGUAGGGAACUCUGUGUGGAGGGGUGGGUUGUCGGGAGGACCUUCCUCUGCCUGCGCUUGAGGCAAGGUGUGGAGAGGCGGGGUGGGGGUGGGGCCGGGUCGUCAGGGCGUCUGAGAGGGAGGACCCCCGCCCCCCGCCCCCCCACCGCCCACCUACACUGGCUGACUGGACACUAAGAUGGCUGCCGUUGCCAUGGCACCCAACCCUGUGCAGACCCUUCAGGAGGAGGCGGUGUGCGCCAUCUGCCUCGAUUACUUCACGGACCCCGUGUCCAUCGGCUGCGGGCACAACUUCUGCCGAGUGUGUGUAACCCAGUUGUGGGGAGGGGAGGAUGAGGACGACAGAGACGAGUUGGACCGGGAGGAGGAAGAGGAGGACGGAGAGGAGGAGGAAGUGGAGGCUGUGGGAGCUGGUGGGGGGUGGGACACCCCCAUGCGGGAUGAAGACUAUGAGGGCGACAUGGAGGAGGAGGUCGAGGAGGAAGAGGAGGGUGUGUUCUGGACCAGUGGCAUGGGAGGGUCCAACUGGGACAACAUGGACUACGUGUGGGAGGAGGAGGACGAGGAGGAAGAUUUGGACUACUACUUGGGGGACAUGGAGGAGGACCUGAGAGGGGAGGAUGAGGAGGACGAGGAGGAAGUACUGGAGGAGGAUGAGGAAGAGGAGCUAGACCCCGUCACCCCACUGCCCCCGCCUCCAGCCCCUCGGAGGUGCUUCACCUGCCCUCAGUGCCGAAAGAGCUUUCCCAGGCGGAGCUUCCGCCCCAACCUGCAGCUGGCCAACAUGGUCCAGGUGAUUCGGCAGAUGCACCCAACUCCUGGUCGAGGGAGCCGUGGGAGCGAGCAGGGCAUUUGUCCCAAACACCAGGAAGCCCUGAAGCUCUUCUGCGAGGUGGAUGAAGAGGCCAUCUGUGUGGUGUGCAGAGAAUCCAGGAGCCACAAACAACACAGCGUGGUGCCAUUGGAGGAGGUGGUGCAGGAGUAUAAGGCCAAACUGCAGGGGCAUGUGGAACCACUGAGGAAGCACCUAGAGGCUGUGCAGAAGAUGAAGGCCAAGGAGGAAAGGCGGGUGACAGAGCUGAAGAGCCAGAUGAAGUCAGAGCUGGCAGCUGUGGCCUCGGAGUUCGGGCGGCUGACACGGUUUCUGGCUGAAGAGCAGGCAGGGUUGGAGCGGCGCCUCCGAGAGAUGCACGAAGCCCAGCUAGGGCGUGCAGGAGCAGCGGCUAGCCGCCUGGCGGAGCAGGCUGCCCAGCUGAGCCGCCUGCUGGCGGAGGCCCAGGAGCGGAGCCAGCAGGGGGGCCUGCGGCUGCUCCAGGACAUCAAGGAGACUUUCAAUAGGUGUGAAGAGGUACAGCUGCAGCCCCCAGAGGUCUGGUCCCCUGACCCGUGUCAACCCCAUAGCCAUGACUUCUUGACAGAUGCCAUCGUGAGGAAAAUGAGCCGGAUGUUCUGUCAGGCUGCCCGAGUGGACCUGACGCUGGACCCUGACACGGCUCACCCGGCUCUGAUGCUGUCCCCUGACCGCCGGGGGGUCCGCCUGGCAGAGCGGCGGCAGGAGGUUGCUGACCAUUCCAAGCGCUUCUCAGCCGACUGCUGCGUCUUGGGGGCCCAAGGCUUCCGCUCUGGCCGGCACUACUGGGAGGUAGAGGUGGGCGGGCGGCGGGGUUGGGCGGUGGGCGCUGCCCGUGAAUCGACCCAUCAUAAGGAGAAGGUGGGCUCUGGGGGGUCCUCUGUGGGCAGUGGGGAUGCCAGCUCCUCGCGCCAUCACCAUCGCCGCCGCCGGCUGCACCUACCCCAACAGCCCCUGCUCCAGCGGGAAGUGUGGUGUGUGGGCACCAACGGCAAACGCUACCAGGCACAGAGCUCAACGGAGCAGACACUGCUGAGCCCAAGUGAGAAACCACGGCGCUUUGGCGUGUACCUGGACUAUGAGGCUGGGCGCCUGGGCUUCUACAAUGCGGAGACUCUAGCCCAUGUGCAUACCUUCUCAGCUGCUUUCCUGGGCGAGCGUGUCUUCCCUUUCUUUCGGGUGCUCUCCAAGGGCACCCGUAUCAAGCUCUGCCCUUGAUAAGCCUGCCACCCGCAGGGGCCCCUCUGGUUAGCACUUGGGGGGCGGGUGGUGGUGGAGGGUGGCCCGUAAGUUUGGGGGCUCAAAGGCUCCUUCCACUGUUUGUUGCUUCCUGCUCCCCUUUGACCCAGGCCCGCUUCUCCCUCUAGGAGCCUAAAGAACCCUCCUGGCCUGCAGCUCGGCCUUCUCUCACCUGCAAUGUCUGUCCAACAGGUCUGCAUGGGUCCCUGAUGAGAACAGCUGCCUGGUUUUCCUUCCCUCUGUCCACCCAGGGGUCUGAGUUUGAGUAGGGGAUGAGCGGAGAUUUAACUCCAUUACUUAACUUCCCUUUCCCUGCCCCUGCUCUUCAACCCUGUCAGUUCCCAGGCUGGGGUACUUGAGCAAGACUCAUGUCUGCCCCCAUUUCAAUUCCAUUUUCUGAUGCAAAUUUUAGCUAAGGGAUUUGGAAGCUUUUUUUGGGGAGGCAGGUUGGGCAAAAGGGUAGAGCUGGGUAAUAAAGGUCUACUCUCCAGGGGAAGUAGGAGGGAUUCUGAACUCCUUCAUCCCCAAUUUCUACCUCCAUAGACUGGCCAGAAUUUAGCUUGAGAGCUCUAGAAUUGUCGACAUGGUUUAAACUACAUACCAUUAUAUAUCACCCAAUAAAUUAUUUUCUCCCCCUUCCUUUUUUCCAGCACUCAAACUAGGAGUAAAGCUCACCCCAUCCAACCCCUCCAGGUCUUUUCACUGCCAGGCUCCUUUCCCCUUUGUUCAAUGGAGUUCCUUGUGUCAGUUUCCAGCCUCUUCAUGUCUUUAGUUCUCCAUUUGGUGAGCCCUGACCAGGAGCCUGGGGACAGGGGUUUGGAUCCCCAGAAGAGCCUUGGGUAUAAUCUAUUUUUCUAGUAAUCCCCUCGCCUUCUGUCACUUGUCAGCUUUUGUCCUCUACUUUGAUGGCAGAGGUCAAUUUAUGUUCCUGGGGAAAAGGGAAGAUGGGUUGUGUUGUGGAAAUAAAAAGUUUAUU